ACAAACAGUCGUCACCGCCAAUCGAUCCUCCAUUUGUUCUUCUUCCCCUACUCUCGAUCGAUCGAUCGAUCUCUCCGAUUCCCCUCGCCUACAUGGAUUACGAACGCAUCCACAAGCCCUUCGCGCCUCAGAGUGGUGGAUUCUCGCCUGGGAGACUGAGGGCGAUGCUUCUUGGCGUGGAGACGAAGAGAAAAGAAAGGGAAGAUCUCGAAGCCAACUUCUCCUUGCGGUCCGAGUCCUCGGAGAGCGACGACAGACAUCUCGCAGGCGCCAGUACGGCCGAGAGCUGCAAGGAUGUAGAGUGUUCCAUCUCCAUGGAGACCACGAGCGGCCACAGAUCGAGGGAGUACGCGAUUGGGGGAUCGAGGUUUAGGGCUCAAGACGACGAUUGUCUCGAGACGGAGAGCGUCUCGUCGGGUUUCGAGUUCCAGAGGGUGGAACGAGCGCCGCCGCACCGGUUGGUGUCGGUGGCUCCCUUCUCGAAGCCGGCACCUUCUAAGUGGGACGACGCGCAGAAGUGGAUUGCGAGCCCGACGUCAAACCGAGUCGGAAAUAAGGCCGGUGGAGGGCAGGCGAGGAAGGGUGGAUUUGCCGGGCACGGAAGCCGACAGCCAGUGACGAAGGUUGUUUUGGAGGUGGAAGAAGCAGAUACAAAGAGAGUGGACGGAAGCCAAGCUAAGAAGGAAUUUGUUGGGGUUGAGAGUGUGAAUUGGGUGACAGAGCCUUAUGCUGAAGUGGAUUCAGGGGCUAAGCCUGUGACGAUCAUGGAGAAUCCGGUUGCUGACAUUGCUGUCAGCCUUAGUCAGCAUGAUUCGUUGACAUCUGUCCAGAGCGCCACAGCUUUUAUUUCUCCGGCACCAACAGUCAGAUCUGUAUCCAUGAGAGAUAUGGGUACAGAAAUGACUCCUAUUCCAAGCCAAGAGCCAUCGCGGACAGGAACUCCGGUGAGAGAAAGUGCACCUAGCCCAACUUCUUCCCGACCAACAAGCCCACCGAGAACUGCUCUGGCACCAACAAUGCAAGUCCAAACUGUUCCGGCUGCUUGCCAUGAUGAUUUAAACAAGGAGUUGUUGUCUGAACAAGAAAUCAUAAAGAAAACCAGAAGAGAAAUAAUGGUUCUUGGCCAACAACUUGGUAAGACAAAUAUAGCUGCUUGGGCCAGCAAGGAAGAGGAGGAAACGGAUGCAUCUCUUUCUCUUAAGACUGUUCGAGUGGAUGAGUCCAUGAGAGGUGUUAUCGAAGCCCGUGCUGCAGCCUGGGAGGAGGCAGAAAAAGCCAAAUAUCUCGCUAGGUUUAAACAAGAAGAGAUCAAAAUCCAAGCCUGGGAAAAUCAUCAGAAAGCAAAAACUGAAGCAGAGAUGAGGAAGAUUGAGGUUGAGGUAGAGAGAAUGAGAUCGCAUUCACAUGAGAGGCUGAUGAACAAGCUAGCGACGGCAAGGCACAGAGCUGAGGAAAUGCGUGCCGUGGCAGAAGCCAAAAGAAAUCAACAAGCCGCAAGAACUGCUCAGCAGGCAGAGUUCAUCAGAAGAACCGGUCGAGUUCCAUCCUCAUUUUUCUUCUGGAGUUGUUGCCGGUGAUUGCCUUUGUUGAAGCAUAAUGCACUCUGUACAUGGUAGCGUUCAUCAGGUAAGUUGGAGGCAUGUCUCUAGUUUUAUUCUUUCAUUUCAUCGUGAACUUUAUCUCCCUAUGUUAAGUUACCAUAUUCUUUUCCUGUCACUUGUGUAUCUUUCCAUAUUCUUCAUCUUUGUCACUCCUAUUUAUAUCUGGAGUUCUCCUAUGAGCUAUGAGAAUUAUAUGGACGUUUUGCUCUUUCUUCACAGUCUAAGAUAAGAUAUGAAAUCGAACUGGCUU